CCCUGGAUAGGAUAAGUGGUGGAUCUUGUUUAGAAGGUUCACCUUUCUCAAUUUUAGGCCGGUGGUGAACGUGGGUAGAGCAAAGCUCGGGAGCACCUCCGUGGCUGUAGGAAAGUGGCCACUUGCUAGCUGCUUUCUUUACUCCACUGGUUUCGUGUGCAUAAGUACCCCCCACAUGUGACUGCCAGAAGACUAGGGUUGAGUUAGCUAGUUUUGGUAUUAAUUUAAGUUAGAUGGGAACUCUCCUUAUGAUUUUUGGCUUCUCUAAAUACAGGUUUGCAUAAGGUAAGUGUGGAAAUAUAUUGUGGAUUACACUGUACUGUUUGCUUUAACUGUAUCUUUAAAUCUGAGUUGUGAUAAUGGCUUCGAUUGAUGAGUUUUUUCAAGCUCCUUCUGAUCACCUUCUCACCCAAUACACAAAAGAACAGCUUUUAAAAAUAGCUGAUAAUUAUGGGGUUGAGAUUGGUGAUAAAAGGUUAAAAGAAAAUAUUAGAACCAUUUUGAAGACAAACUUGGUGGAGUCUGGAAUCCUUAAAAGGGAGGAAUUUCAGGCCCAAGGAACCAAUGCAACAUUGAAUUUUGAACAACAGAAAGAAUUGUUAAAAAUGCAAUUGGAAUAUGAAAAACUUAAACAGGAAAGAGAACUUGAAGUACAGUUAGAACUUGAAAAAAUGAAAUUUAAAACUGAACAGACCAAAUUAGAGUUGGAACAUUAUAAGCUGAAUCUGAUUAAAGACGGUAAGCUUAAUGAGUGUUCAGGAAGGGACAGUGUAGGGUUUAGUGAAACGUCUUCUAGAUCUGAUUUAAGCACAAAGUUAAAGAUGGUGCCAAAAUUUAAUGAGAGAGAUCCUGACACAUUUUUUUCGUUGUUUGAGCGGGUUGCGGAAACUUGUGAGUGGUUAGACACAGAACGCACUCUGUUGUUGCAAUGUGUGUUCACUGGAAAAGCACAGGAAGCAUAUUCUGCAUUAAGUUCAACAGAUAGUAAAAUAUAUGUUAAAGUGAAAGCUGCUGUAUUGAAAGCCUAUGAGUUGGUACCUGAAGCCUAUCGACAACAUUUCAGGGGUGUGAGAAAGCGAGAGCAACAGACUCAUGUGGAGUUUGUGAGGGAGAUGGUUCUCCAGUUUAAUCGCUGGUGUUCGGCAUCAGAAGUUGUCACUUUUCAACAGCUUUGUGAUUUGGUAACACUUGAACAAUUUAAAAACUGUGUACCAGACAGUGUUGCUACUUAUUUAAAUGAAAGAAAAGUUAAAACACCCCAUGAAGCAGCGGUGCUGGCCGAUGAGUACAUCCUCACUCAUAAAAGUACAUUUGUUGACGACAAAGUUGUUGUGCAGAAUAGUGGUUCGGUACGCACAAGCAAAUCUUUUCUGUUACAUGGGGAGUCUGGUUCCUCUAGGUUCGAUCGUGGCUGGAAGAAAGGUGAUCCCAGUAAGAAUUGUAAUUAUUGUCAGCGUAAGGGGCACUGGAAAAAUGAUUGUCCUGUACUUAAAAGAAAAUCUAAGUUCUUAGGUAAUGCACAGGUAAAGCCAGCUGCUUUAGCUGCUUCAGCCCAGAAAAAAAUCCAAAUACAUAGUUCCAAUGACCUCUGUCCUGUGGCAGAGUCAAAUGAGGAUGAUGACUUUUCAGCCUUUAUUUCGGAUGGUUAUGUCUCCCUGUGUGGAGAGAAGGUGCCUAUUAAAAUCUUGAGAGACACUGGGGCAAAACAUAGUUUUAUCUGUGAGUCUGUCCUUCCUUUCUCCUCAUAUUCAGAUACUAGGAAUUUCAUAUUGAUGAGGGGAAUGGGCAUGACUAUGGUUCCAGUGCCAGUACAUAAAAUGGAAUUGGUUUCUGGUUUUGUUACUGGAGAGGUGGAAAUAGGUGUCCGUCCAGCCUUGCCUGUUGAAGGGAUCGACAUGAUUCUUGGCAAUGAUCUGGCAGGAAGUAGAGUUUGGGCUGAUGAUCCACCUUAUGUUGUCACUCAGGUUCCUGAAUUGCCACGAUCACAAACAGAGGUGGUGGAAACAAAUGAGGUUUUGUCUGAAGUGGAAUGGUUUCCAGUAUGUGCAGUAACUCGAGCAAUGGGGCGGAGAAAAGAUGAGGCUGCAGAGCAGGACGUAGCUGAGUCUAAAGUAAUGGUUGUCCCUGUGCCUCUUGAUUCCAUCUCUCAUGGAGAGUUGAUUGAGGAACAAAAGUCUGAUCCUUCAAUAAAAGCACUUUUUGAGUUGGUGUCUCCUAUGGAGGAGAUGGAAACUGCAGCUCAGGGAUAUUUUGUGAAAGAUAAUGUCCUGGUUCGUAAAUGGUGUCCCCAAACUGACAAUUUUGUGGGAAAAUCAGUGGUGCAAAUUGUGGUGCCUGCCAAAUUUAGAGAGAUGGUGAUGAAAGCCUCCCAUGAUGGUGUAGCAGGACACAUGGGGGUUCAAAAAACAUAUCACCGGAUCUUGUGUCAUUUUUUUUGGCCACGAUUGAAAAAGGAUGUAUCGGCAUACAUAAAGACGUGCCACACUUGUCAGUUGACGGGUAAACCUAAUCAGACUAUAAGUCCAGCACCAUUGUACCCUGUACCAAAUGGAAAAUCAAAGUUGUGCCAUGUAAAUUUGUUAAAGCCAUAUUGUGCUCGUAUGUCGCCAUCUCCUAGUCUCAAGGAGGCCCCUUCAAAAACCCUCCUAACCUCUGUGGUCAUGAAGUCAUUUAAACGCCUUGUCCUGACACACCUGAAAGCCAUCACUGAUCCACUCCUGGACCCCCUGCAGUUUGCCUACAGAGCCAACAGGAGUCAGCAUGUGAGAAUGGGGAAGCACACCUUAGACUCUCGGACCAUCAUCACUGGCUCUCUGCAGGGCUGUGAUCUUUCUCCUCUGCUCUUCUCCUUGUACACAAAGACCUGCACCUCAAGCGAUCAGAACAUCAAGCUCCUGAAGUUGGCAGAUGACACCACCCUCAUCAGAUUCACGCUGAUACUCAACAACUUAGAGCUCAAUGCCCUAAAAACAGUGGAGAUGACAGUGGACUUCAGGACAAGCCCACCCCCGCCCAUCACCUUGAGUGAUUCUCCUGUGGAUACUGUGGAACCCUUCCACUUCCUGGGAACCAUCAUCACCCAGGACCUUAAAUGGGAGCUAAACAUCAGCUCCCUGAUCAAAAGAGCCCAACAGAGGAUGUACUUUCUGAGGCAGCUGAAACAGUUCAAUCUGCCAAAGUCAAUGAUGGAUCUGCGCAGACUGCAGCGUACCAUCCGCUCUGCCAAGAAGGUAAUUGGCUGCAACUUACCUUCGCUACAGGACCUGUACACCUCCAGAAACCUAAAGCGAGCAAAAAAGAUUGCAACGGACCCCUCUCACCCCGGUCACAAACUCUUUGCGGUGCUCCCCUCUGGCAACAGACAAAAAGACUCUCAUUGA